UUCUGUCUUUUUAAAUGAUAUAUAUAUUUAUUUUUUUAUCCUUACAGGUACGGGAACUUGUCCUGGACAACUGUAGCUCAAAUGAAGGAAAAAUCGAAGGCCUCACAGAAGAAUUUGUCAAUCUGGAAUUCCUCAGUUUGAUAAACGUUGGUUUAAUCUCAGUCUCCAACCUUCCCAGACUUGAGAAACUCAAAAAGUUGGAACUCAGUGACAACAGAAUCUCUGGUGGCCUUGACGUGCUAGCAGAGAAACUCCCCAACCUCACACAUCUAAAUCUAAGUGGGAACAAACUGAAAGACAUCAGCACAUUGGAACCUUUGAAAAAGCUGGACAGCCUGAAGUCUCUGGACCUGUUCAACUGUGAGGUGACCAACCUGAAUGACUACAGGGAGAGUGUGUUCAAGCUGCUCCCUCAGCUUACCUACCUGGACGGGUACGACGUGGAGGACCGAGAAGCACCCGACUCGGACGGAGAGGUGAACGGUGACGACGAUGAGGAGGGGAAUGAGGAUGGAAAGGAACACUUUGACGAGGACGACGGUGAUGAAGAGGGAGUAGUAGGAGAGGAGGAUGAGGUCAGUGGCGAUAAGGACGAGGAAGACAUUGGCAUUGAUGAUGAGGACAACGAUGAAGAUGAAGUCAACGCUGUCCAAGGAGAGAAGAGAAAGCGAGAGCCUGACGACGACGAUUAAGAGCAAAAACCGAAAGCAUAGAGUUACCAACCCCUUCCCUCUCCAAUAGUAGUUACAUAGGAUGAGCCUUGACUAGAAUACAGGAUAUACAUAUGAAGUGGGUAAAACCGUAUGUAAACAUUAUUAAAGUGACCAGUGUUCAAAGAC